GUCGCUACCUUACAGUUUGUGACAUCCAAAUAGUGGGAGGUCUGACAAACCGAACAAGGCAGUGAGCAAGAAAUUCCAUUCCUGUCGAAAUCAGUAAUUCUUCCUUGCUGGCUGCUUUUCCUCGUGUGCAUGCUUUCUUCUGUGACACUGCGUGAAGGGCUUUGCUAUUAUUAUUAUUUUAAAUAUAGCUUGCCCUGGGGCGGGGGAAUCGCACAAGGAAAGAGCCGGCGAGCAGCCUAUCUCUCAGAAGAAAAGAGCAAGCCUCGCAGCACGGGAGCUGGCUUCACUCAAGUGUGCAGUUUAGAAGUCAAAACAAAACAAAAAAAGCAAACCAAAAGACCUAUUCCAAAUGCCACCGUUUUGGAGGAGGCUGAAGAAAAAGAACCCCAAACUGGCUAAAUGCUGAAGGAUGCAGUCAGGGCAUAAAGCGAACACAAACGCAGUUUGAGUGUGGGCUCUAAAGUGCAAUGUUUUCAGUGCCAACACUGGACUUCCUAUGGAACAGAAAACAAAACAUUUCGGCAUUCAGAGAAAUUCUGGUAUGUUUUUCUACAUCGUGCUAAUGGUAAAAAUGCAGUUGACAAAGGAUUGUGCUCCACCAACUUCUGCCACGGACAGCUGAGGAAUGCAAAGCCUGAUGGUGACGAAGGGUGACCAUUUCCUAUUUUUCACCAUUUAUCUCACCGAUUUCGGACUUAGCAAUGGAUACCCUUUGUGAUGAGGAGACCUCUGUGAACCCAACUGCAAACUCCUUGAUACAAAUAAACCAUGAGAGGAGACUCUACAGAAACGUUUACGGACUGGGAGAGAUUAAUGUGUCACAUUUCUUGAACUUGACUGCAGACUCCGAAAACCUGACCAAUCUUUCAUGUGAAAGUCCACCGUGCUACUCUUCCCUCUUUCAGCUCUCACAGAGAAACUGGCCGGCUCUGCUGACAGUGAUAGUGAUUGUUUUAACCAUUGCUGGGAAUAUUCUUGUCAUCAUGGCUGUGUCACUGGAGAAAAAGCUGCAGAAUGCCACUAACUAUUUUCUCAUGUCACUUGCAAUAGCUGAUAUGCUGCUGGGUUUCCUUGUCAUGCCCGUGUCAAUGUUAACCAUACUGUACGGAUACAUGUGGCCUCUGCCUAGGAAGCUCUGUGCCAUCUGGAUCUACUUGGACGUGCUUUUCUCCACUGCCUCCAUCAUGCACCUCUGUGCCAUCUCAUUGGACCGUUACAUUGCCAUUCGAAACCCCAUCUACCACAGCCGGUUUAACUCAAGAACAAAGGCUUUUGCAAAAAUAAUCGCUGUUUGGACCAUAUCAGUUGGUAUCUCCAUGCCUAUCCCUGUCUUUGGACUACAAGAUGACUCCAAAGUGUUUAAGAAAGACCACUGCCUUCUUGCAGAUGAGAAUUUUGUCCUAGUAGGCUCCUUUGCAGCAUUCUUCAUCCCUCUAACCAUCAUGGUGGUCACCUAUUUUUUAACCAUCAAGUCGCUGCAGAAGGAAGCUACACUGUGCGUGAAUGACAUUGGCACAAAGACCAAGUUUGCUUCUUUUAGUUUCCUCCCUCAGAGUUCCCUUUCUUCAGAGAAACUCUUCCAGCGCUCUUUGAACAGGGACGUGGGGACCUCUGGGAGGAGAACCAUGCAAUCCAUCAGCAACGAGCAGAAGGCUUCCAAGGUCCUUGGCAUUGUCUUCUUUCUGUUUGUUGUGAUGUGGUGCCCGUUUUUCAUCACCAAUGUGAUGUCUGUGAUUUGUAAGGAGUCGUGCAGUGAAGAAGUCAUUGGUGGGCUACUCAACAUAUUUGUUUGGAUUGGGUACCUUUCUUCAGCUGUCAAUCCACUCGUAUAUACACUGUUCAAUAAGACCUACCGCUCAGCUUUCUCUCGUUACAUUCAGUGUCGCUACAAGGAGGAGAAGAAACCUUUCCAGCUGAUUUUAGUGAAUACUAUCCCAGCACUCGCGUAUAAUUCUAGCCAGCUCCACCUAGCUCAAAUGAAGAGCUUGAAAAAAGAGGCAAAAAUGAUGACUAAGGAUUAUUCGAUGGUCACAAUAGGAAUACGCCAUAUGGACAGUACCUCAAAGGGAAGCAUCAGUCCAGGGAAUGAAAAGGUCAGUGGCGUGUGACUCUGCCAGCUGUUGGCAGCUGCCAUGACAACCCCGAGUGUACACCGAAAAUUUCAUCUCGCGGUGAGAUGCUCUGAGAGCGCAAGAAAAUCAGCCCUGUCUGAGAGACCCUCCAGUAACAUCACAUGCGCCUCAUAUUAUCCUGUUGAUGAAAAGCAGGGUUGAAUGGUAUCAAAUGUGCAAUUUUUUUUCAUACAGUACUUUGGCUGUUUUAAGCACAGGCUUUACUAAACUUAUUUUUUUAAUAAUCGAAAGGAUAUAUUUCUUAAAGAAAAAAAUCCAAUUUCUGGUAUUAUAAUUAUGGGCUGUGAAGAAAUCUACACAUUUCUUUUCUCUUUGCAAAUGAAAGCUAAGCUGUCCUUUGAUUUCUUUGCAGGGUAGGCUCCAGCUAGUUCGUCUUGCUGCAAUGGGAUUUUGUUAUCAUUAACCGAAUGAGCACUUUAUGGAACUUUAAAUAAAAUGAUGGUUCAUUUACUAAUAUAUAUUUAAAAUACAUUUUAAAGCAUUAAAGAAAAAUCUAUUAAAGCCUGUAUAGAUUAAUUAUAUAGAAGUUUUGGUAACAGUGUUUUUAUGGCUAUUUUUUUCUUCCAAGUGACCAUUCUGAAAUGUUAACGGACUUUUCAGCCGCUUGUUCUGAGUUCAAAUUAGCAAUCUUCACAAGUAAAUUAUACUUGAAUGAUCCCUUGUUUCUACCACCAUUCUUAAUCUAUUAUUUCACGUCUUUCACUUUAUUUCCAUUCUAAAAAUUUCAUCUGUUCUAACAUAAACUUCAAAGUAACUUUUUCGAAAGUCAUUAUUGGACUUGAUUCUCUGUUCCUUCCCACUGGUGUUGACAGGGAGGUGAAGUGAGAGAAGAGUGGAAAAUCAAGCACAGUACUGCUAAGUAAUUUCAAGAAUGAUUCCGUGCCUCUGCUUGAUUCCAGCAGAGCCUGAUUUAAGUAAUGUCAGUGAAAGUUUUGCAUGAGUAAAUCCUUUAGUGAAAGAUUUCAGCAGAUUCUCUCCCACCACUUCUCAUUGGUUAAAAAGGCCAUUAUGAAGGUGUCCUUCUGGUUCUCUUUUAGUGCUCAUAGAGUCAGAAUUAUUCAAAACCUGUUACUUGUUCAAAAUUGUUUUCCCUGGUUUUGCUGUUUUGCUGUUACGGUAGAUUGCUCAGGAAUGAUAGGUAGCUUGCACUAUUAGGACUCAGCCUUAAUGAAAUAUGUUUGGGCAAAUUGGGCCCACUUGAAAAUAACAGGACUUAUAAACAGCACUGUAUUUCACCUGCACAGCUCCAAGGGCAGAAUGCAUUACAUAAAGAACAUGAAAUACAUUCUCUGGAAGAACAUUGUCUGACGACUUUUAGGCAUCACAGACACUUUAACUAAAGUCAGUGGGACUGUGCUGGAGAGCAGAAACACAAAUGUUGCAUCAGAACAUCAAUCCAAGCAUUUGAUUCAUUACAUGAAUUUUACAGCCAUAAGUAGGAUGCAUUCCAGUUUCAGAUCCUGUCCAAUCUGAAGAAUAGCACUACCUAUCCAGAAGCCAAACUCCAACGCCUUCAUCAUUUAACAAGUCCUUCUCUUGAAGCUGUUCACUUUCCAUAGAACAAUUAAAUAUCCUCUAGGGUAAAGAGAGAGAGAUAAACAAAUCUCAUUCAUCCAACAGGGUUUUGCUCAGAAAAGGAAGACCUUCAAUUUAAAAUAUUGAAUUCUGUGGUAAAAGAAGACUUAGAACUUGGGUGGUUGUUCCGCUGAUUUCCAAGCAACAACUUUUAUUAUUCUUCUACCUGUUAUCAGUAAGAUAACUAAAUCUGCUGAGUUUUGGGGGCAGUUUCCUCCAGUGUGGGAUAGGUCACAGCAAUGGCAUGCAUGUCGUCCAUGGACAUGUAGUCAUUAAUGGUAGCUCCCAAAAAACUGGAGCCUUUGGAUCCCAUGACAAAUCAGUCAAUGUAAAUAUUGUGCUCACCAAGAUGAUGGAUGGAAACACUUGGACACCAGAAUCAACAUGGAAGAACUUUAGCAGAAGGAAAAAUCAGCUCACUGUUCCUCCCUUCCUACGCCCUACCAACUCCUGUAUGGCACAGCAAGAGGGGUGCAAGCCCACACUUCUGCACAGGCAGAGAAGGGAUUUCAGGGGGAAUCUGCUAAACAUAGCUGAGCAUGAGGGCAGCUGCCAGAGUAGGUGGGAACAGCAGGCCUUUCCACUGUUUGUUAGGAGUUUGAUACAGACCCUAAAUCAGCAGGUUUGAGCCAAGGUCAACCACCAGCUCUUGUCACACCAUCCAGCCAGCAUCUCUCCAGGGUAUCCCACAGAACAGGGUAUCCAGAACCUCCUGGUGCCCAGACAUCUCCACUCUGCAAAUGAAAGAUGGUUUUGAGGAUUCACCCUUGAGAACUCCAGGGAAAAGGUAGGGAGCAAUAAAACCUAAGUUCUGUGAGCAGGGAGCUCUGGAUCUGGCACCAAACCAGACUGCCUUCAUAUGAGGAAUACUGAUCAAAGGAGUCCAACUCUGAGUGUGAGGGGAAAGGAAACACAGAUGCUACUAAAAAUGGAGGGAAUUUUGUUGCAUUCCUGUGCUUUCAAGAGAAAUAAGCAGAAAGGACAGAGAGCCCUUGCCCUAUUGUCCAUCUGCGCCAGGGAGCAGAGCUGGCCUGUGUACUGUAACGUGUUUAUGGGCACCCUGCACUUCUCCACAGCUCAGUUCUUCCAGAAACUCCUGUUAGUGUUCAGCGCAGUCUCCCCCACUUGGCUGCUCUUAAUAAGCUGCUGCUGAACAUUUUGCAUCCACUGCCGAUGCUCUCUGCUUACCGUCUGCAUUUCACCCACAUGGCAGCAUAAAUCAGCCUGCCUUCUCUCUCUCCUUUCACCUUCUGUUCCUCUUUCACAAUGUGAAAUUGCUCAGGUUGCAAAUACUGACAGGGAAUGUUUCAAUGCAAACAGAAAGGGUUUCAACUACUUGCUUGAUGUUUCAUUAGAAGACAACUCUGAACAUGAAAUCCUUUCCCGCUUAUUAAAAUAAAAUCUGUGUUUGGGGCCUAAGAGACUUGACAGCAUUUCUUUAAUUAACAGCUGGAGGCAACAAAACAUUUAUUUUUGGUUAGAAGCGGGGAUAUCUGAUGCCAGAGAUUAUAACACUGCUAGCACUCAGAUAGAUGGCUUUACUGAGAGAGCAGCAGCUUCUGCCCAAGAAACCUCUCUAAGCCAGGGAUGCACAGCAGAUGAAAACCACAAUCUCCAGCUCUUUGUGAAGAUGUCUGACAGUUUUGGAAGGACUGAUUCUGCCACUUUGCACCAAAAUUUUACUAGAUUUUUCCAUGGAUUGCCUUAGGGCUGAUAACAGAGUCAAUGUCUGAAUUUGUAACACUCACCGUGCCA